AUGGUGCCUCCUUUCAAAAUUGCAUCGUUCCACCCCGAGACCAUGAAAGCCUGGCUUUACUCAAGCACCUCUGGUGGCCUCGAGAAGAAUCUGAAUCUCAAUACAUCCGCUCGUGCACCACCUGUUCCACAGCGUAACGAGGUCCUGGUUCGGGUUCUCUCCGCCGCCCUCAAUCCGGUGGACUACAAGCUCCCCGAAGUAGGGCUUCCCACACGCAUGUUCAUCGGGAUGCCCGCUUCGCCAGGAAUGGACUUUUGCGGACGUGUGGUGGCAACAGGGCCACUUGCCAAGCAUCUUAAAGAAGGCCAGCUCGUCUACGGGUGUCCCACGCGGCCGGGGCCGUUCGGGUCGCUGGGGGAGUUUCUUAGUAUCACAGCCGACCAAAUUGCUGUCGUACCGGAUGGUGUCUCAGUGGAUCAUGCUGCUGCUUUGCCACUCGCCGGUCAGACCGCGUAUCAGAGCCUAGAAGGAUAUGUGAAAGCUGGUGAUAAGGUGCUCAUCAACGGGGGCUCAGGGGGCUGUGGGCUUUUCACUAUCCAAAUCGCGAAGCAGAUGGGUUGUCAUGUUACAACUACAUGCUCCACUCGAAAUAUGGAGUUAUGCUUGCGCAUGGGCGCAGACGAUGUCAUUGACUAUACAGCGGAAACUGACCUCGUGGCGAAGCUACGGCAGCAAAAGCGCAUUUUUGACUGUAUAGUCGAUUAUAUCGGCCUACCUUAUUCCUUGUAUUACCAGUGCCAUCAUAUCCUCAAGGAAGAUGGAGCAUUUGUGCAAGUUGGUGCAUCGACAUUGAUGACUUUUCUCGGUCGAAUUGGUUGGCCCUCUUUCCUUGGUGGUGGACAAAGGAAGUAUACGAUUUUGUUGAUGAAGAAUAAUCAAAGCCAACUGGUACAACUCGGGGAUUGGCUAGCGGAUGGCAAGAUCCAGAUCCAGCUAGACAGUGUAUAUGAACUCCACGAUGCAAGGAAAGCUUUUGAGAAGCUUCGAUCAAGUCGUGCCAGAGGAAAAAUUGUCGUUCAUGUCAGUGAUUCAAACGAUCGAAGCAUGGAGUCCUUUGGCAUAGGACUUUGA